AAUGUCCCGCCCACGCUGCUCCGAGCUGUUGCUGCAGCCGGAGCCUCCGCCGCGCCUGCGGGCGGCCGCGGCAAGGAACUCUGUAGCGUGGGGCGGUUUCCUAGCAACUCGCAGCCCGAACGCGCCUAGCUACCCGCACUUUGGGAGCCCCAACCCUCCCUCCCCACCCCAGCCGGGGGCCGGAGCAGGACCAUUCCUCCCCCGCCCCUCGCCAGCCUCGCCUCCUUCUCAUCCUCUCCGGGGUGCAUCCCAGAGCGCGACAGCUGUCCCGGCUCUGGACGUAGGGACGCCUGAGCAGCCCACUGGGGCCAAAAGGACGAGGGCACGAAGCACCCGCCCCCGUGAAGCCAGGCUCCUGCACCCCUGGGGAACCUCUCCUCCUGUGCUCGCGGCCGUGCGCUCCACUCCCGGUCAAGCAGGGAGCUGCGAUGCCUCACUCGGUGUCCGCGGGCGCCGGCGGGGGCUUCUAGGGCGCUCCGGGGCCGCCUCCCCCGGCUGCUGGCACAUCAAGCUUCCUCCCUCGCCAACCAGGACGCUGCCUCUUCGACUUUGCCCGCUGCUCAGCUGACGAGGCUGCAAAGUUGCAAUUAAGUGAAGUUGGCUUCCCUGCCCACCUGUGGAAGAAGCUCGACCUCAUUGAUGCGCCAUCGACUUUUUUCCCCUUCGGCCUCGCCAGCGUCCCCUCCCACAGAUGCAGCAUCACCCACUGAAUGUACAUUAGGCUGGUUUUUCCCCCCAGCUUCGGGCUUUGUUUGGGUUUGAUUGUGUUUGGCUCUUCGCUAAGCUGAUUUAUGCAGCAGAAGCCCCAUCGGCUGGAGAGAGACAAAAGCUCUUUUCUUUGUCCCAGAGCGGGCUGCGGAGCCUUUGCUCGCGUCGCCGCCCCGGGCCAUUGGCCGUCAGAGGAGGUGCUUCUCGCGGAGAUCGCGGGACCAGCCGUGCGGAGCUGGGAGGGCCGCGGGGGCCCUGAAAUGCCGAGCUGUGCCCAGGCCGCCGUACCUGCAUCGUUUGCUCCGAGCCGCGGGGUCCGCCUGCCGGGCCUGCUGGAAACGUCCUAGCAACACUUGGCACUUCGCGCCCGGGAGCGCGAGCGCGCAUCCGGUUAGCAGCCAGGCGGCGGGCGCGGUGCAGUGCGGGCUGCUUUGCAUUAUGUGCCGCUCGGCCCUGGCUUUUUUUACUGCCACAUUAGUCUGCCUGCAAAACUGCAGGCCAGGUCCUGCCCCAUUCCUCCGGGCGGCCUGGGUGUUUUCAGUUGUUCUUGGACUGGGCCAAAGUGAAGACAAUAGAUGUGCAUCUUCGAAUGCAGUGUCCUGCACCAAGUGCCUUGCGCUGGGUCCGGAAUGUGGAUGGUGUGCUCAAGAGGAUUUCAUUUCAGGUGGAUCAAAGAAUGAACGUUGUGAUAUUGUUUCCAAUUUAAUAAACAAAGGCUGCUCAAUUGAUUUGAUAGAAUACCCAUCUGUGCAUGUAACACCAAGUGAAAAUGAAAUCAAUACCCAGGUGACACCAGGAGAAGUGCUGAUUCAGCUACGUCAAGGAGCUGAAGCUAAUUUUAUGCUGAAAAUUCAUCCUCUGAAGAAAUAUCCUGUGGAUCUUUAUUAUCUGGUUGAUGUCUCAGCAUCAAUGCACAAUAAUAUUGAAAAAUUAAAUUCAGUUGGAAAUGAUUUAUCUAGAAAAAUGGCAUUUUUCUCCCAUGACUUCCGCCUUGGAUUUGGCUCAUACGUUGAUAAAACAGUUUCACCAUACAUUAGUAUCCAUCCAGAAAGAAUUCAUAAUCAAUGCAGUGACUACAACUUAGACUGUAUGCCUCCCCAUGGGUAUAUCCAUGUGCUGUCUUUGACGGAGAACAUCACUGAGUUUGAAAAAGCAGUUCACAGACAGAAGAUCUCUGGAAAUAUAGAUACACCUGAAGGAGGUUUUGAUGCUAUGCUUCAGGCAGCUGUCUGUGAGAGUCACAUUGGAUGGCGAAAAGAAGCUAAAAGAUUGCUGCUGGUGAUGACAGAUCAGACAUCUCAUCUUGCUCUAGAUAGCAAAUUGGCAGGCAUAGUGGUGCCAAAUGACGGAAACUGCCAUCUGAAAAACAACGUCUACGUCAGAUCAACGAGCAUGGAACAUCCCUCACUAGGCCAACUUUCAGAAAAGUUAAUAGACAACAACAUUAAUGUCAUAUUUGCAGUUCAAGGAAAACAGUUUCACUGGUAUAAGGAUCUUCUACCCCUCUUGCCUGGCACCAUUGCUGGUGAAAUAGAAUCAAAGGCUGCAAACCUCAAUAAUCUGGUUGUAGAAGCCUAUCAGAAACUCAUUUCAGAAGUGAAAGUUCAGGUGGAAAACCAGAUAAAAGGCAUCUAUUUUAACAUUACUGCCAUCUGUCCAGAUGGGAGCAGAAAGCCAGGCACAGAUGGAUGCGGAAAUGUGACAAGCAAUGACGAAGUUCUUUUCAAUGUAACAGUUACAAUGGAAAAAUGUGAUGUCAUGGAAGGAAAGAGCUAUGCAAUAAUCAAACCUAUUGGUUUCAAUGAAACCACUAAAAUUCAUAUACAUAGAAACUGCAGCUGUCAGUGUGAUGACAGCAGAGGACCUAAAAGAAAGUGUGUAGAAGAAACUUUUCUAGAUGCCAAGUGCUUCCAGUGUGAUGAGAAUCAAUGUCAUUUUGAUGAAGAUCAAUUUCCUUCUGAAAGUUGCAAGUCACACAAGGAUCAACCUGCUUGCAGCGGUAGAGGAGUUUGUAUUUGUGGGAAAUGUUUAUGUCACAAAAUUAAGCUUGGAAAAGUGUAUGGAAAAUACUGUGAAAAAGAUGACUUUUCUUGUCCAUAUCACCAUGGAAAUCUGUGUGCUGGGCAUGGAGAGUGUGAGGCAGGCAAAUGCCAGUGCUUCAGGGGCUGGGAAGGGGAUCGGUGCCAGUGCCCAUCAGCAUCUGCCCAGCACUGUGUCAAUCCAAAAGGCCAAGUGUGUAGUGGAAGAGGCACAUGUGUAUGUGGCAGGUGUGAGUGCACCGAUCCCAGGAGCAUCGGCCGCUUCUGUGAACAUUGUCCCACAUGUCAUACAGCCUGCAAUGAAAACUGGAAUUGUGUGCAAUGCCUUCACCCUCACAAUCUGUCUCAAGCUAUACUUGAUCGGUGUAAAACCUCAUGUACUCUCAAGGAACAGCAUUAUGUGGACCAAACAUCAGAAUGUUUCUCUAGCCCAAGCUAUUUGAGGAUAUUUUUCAUCAUCUUCAUAGUUACAUUCUUGAUUGGGUUGCUUAAAGUCCUUAUUAUUAGACAGGUGAUACUACAAUGGAAUAGUAAUAAAAUUAAGUCCUCGGCAGAUUACAGGGUGUCAGCCUCAAAAAAGGACAAGUUGAUUCUGCAAGGCGUUUGCACAAGAGCAGUAACCUACCGACGUGAGAAACCUGAAGAAAUAAAAAUGGACAUUAGCAAAUUAAACGCUCAUGAAACUUUCAGGUGCAACUUCUAAAAAGAUUAAAAAGUACUUUAUGGGAAACUGGAUUUUUAAUGAUCGCUCCUAAAAAUUAUUAUUAUAAAAUAAUAAUUUUAUAAGUCACAGGAGGAGAUAAAUUUUCUAGAUCAUGCCAGUUGCUGGUUGUCCACUCGAAUGAAGACUGACAAGCAUCCUCAUCAUCAUGUGACUCACACUGCUGCUGAAUUCUUCAGAGAAAAAUGUGUCUUACUACUGUUUGAUACUAGUGUCAUUGUAGCACUUUACUGUAAUAUAUAACUUAUUUAGAUCAGCAUAGAAUGUAGAUCAUCUGAAGAGCACUGAUUACACUUUACAGGUACCCGCCAUUUCUACACUUCCCAGAGAGACAAUGCUGUGAGAUAGUUUUGGCAUUGUGUCACUACAAGGGUACAGUAAUCCCUGCACCAAACAUGCAGAUGAAAAAAUAAUAAGGCAAUUAUACUAAUGUUGCCAAACACUUCAACAAUUGGCAGUGAAUAGACAAGAACAGAUAGAUGAGUAAAUGAUUAGUGUUUCACUCAUUCAAGAGAUGAACAGAUAAAACCUUAACCUUGAGGGAUAUUGCUUUCGAAACUAGUUUUAUGCAUGUGUGUUUGUUUUCUUCUUUUACAAGAUGGAUACUAAUUCUAACAUUCUUUCCUCUUUGCCUUUAUAUUUUGGUUUUCUUUCUUACAGGAUAAGUUUAUAUAAUGUCACAGAUGACUGGAUUAAAUAAGUGCUAAGUUACUACUGCCAUAAAACCUAAUAAUAAUACAACGUCACUUUAUUAGAAUACUUUUAAAAGCUGAACAUUUAAUAAGGGACACUUCAAGUAACAUCAAAAUUUGAACAGCUUCGUUGUGUGCAGAUGUGGAGUUUUAUAUCUUCUUACCUGGUAAACUGGAUGGAUUAUUUCACCAUUUCAUUUGUCUAAUCAUCAGGUUGAAAUUCACGAGAUAUUUAGAAACUCUGCAAAGUUUCUAAGCAAAGCGCCACACUUUUGAGUCUUCUCCAAUAUUUAUUCCAAGUAGAUAAUAGCAUUUUUCAAAUUAAAAGCUAAAUUAAGCUAUAUUCUUUUUGCCCUUCAAUGCAGUCUAAGGACAUUCUUUCUUUGAAUCACCUCAACCCUACUCACCAGAAUUCUAAAAGUACACAAUUGGAGGAGGAUAGACAGUAUCUUAGAAAUAAGCUCAUUCACUCUUGUAGUUAGUCAGAGAACUGAGGCUCAGCAAGUUUAAAUGACUUCUCAAAAACCCCUAAGUGACCAAGUAGCAACAUUCAAAGAGAACUUUUUUCUUAUUGCCAGGCCAGUGUUCAUUGAACCAUGUCAUACUACCUCUUGAUUCUUUAAAAUAAUCAAUUGGCAAGUAUUUUUAGAUGUGAUUUACUGAAGUCUUAAGUAUAAGAAAAUUUCAAAACAAAGCAGAAAAAAGUAAUUCAAACAGAAUUGUCCAUGGUUGGCUUCCAGUCUAUCUGCUAAUCAGCUUCUAAGAGACUGCAAAAUAGCCUAACUAGAGGGAAGUCCAUUCACACCAUAGCCUGUGUGAACGGCGCCCCCUGGAGUUGUGCAGUGCUCAGUGCUCAGCCAGAGAGCUUGAUACAGAGGCCAUGAACUUUUAUCCUCCCCAACAGGAACUUCAUCACAAUUACCAUAUCCUUACAGACUUAUUCAGUCUGAUUUUAUUGGCUAAAAGUCCAACAGUCCUGUAUGCAGUACAGAGCUUUGCCUAUGACAACUAAGGAAUUUAUUUUAAAUUCCUUUAAAAUGUCUUCUUAUAAUCAGCUUCCCAGACUUUCUGUCUUCCAGCACUUGAGUUAAAGUGCCAGAUAUUUGCAUUUCGAUGAAGACUAAAUCCCACUCCAUAUUCUACCCUAAAGAGGAUUUAAAAACAUAUAAUAAGUUGUUCUGCAGCCAACAAACACAGUAACUCCAUCAGCCGUCCCCUGCAGCCAAGCAAUUAUGAUGCUAGGUUGAACUGUAUUUCUUUCCCCAAAUGAGAAAUCAGCGGCAUUGACAUAAUUCAGUACUGUGACUCAGUUGUGUAAAAUACCUUUGAUCACCAAGGAUAAUGCAAAACUUCUUUUUGCAGCAUGCCUGUCACAGCAUCCUUUUUAAAAAAGAAAAUAAAUGGAUACUUGACAGCCCUCAAAAAGGAGAAAGUGGAAAAUAUUCAUUCAUUGAAAUGCUGAAAAUUUUAAAAUUUUAAAACAUUAUGAUGUUCGUAAGCUAAUUUCUAUGAGGGCUGAGUUAUCCAAAAUAGCAUAAUAAAAUGAAAUUCUUAAAAUAAAGGGAUAUAUAUUUUGACACUCUCACUAGUUUGCACUAAUUUAUAGUGGAACAAGGCUCUUCUCAUAGGAAGGGACAAACUUUCUGAUAGGCAGUUCAAUGCUAGAUGAUGACUGCAGUUAUGCUUGUGAUGUCUUGUGCUUUCCUUUUUUACUUAAAGGUCUAAUUCUUAAAAGAUUUUAGAGCUUAUAUUUACUUGAAUAAUUGACAUUUUCCUUGUGAGAAAAGAAUUAAUAUUUGACUAGCUAGAAUUAAUUAAAAGUUAAGGGAAAACAGGGUAUUCUUAGAUUAAAUAAUUUAUGUAAAUAAAGCCUAUUUUCAACUAAUAUGAACACAGGAGCCUUUUGAGAUUCACUGAGAGUAAAUACGAGUUAUGAAACUUUAAAUCAUUAACAAAGUUAAGAACUUCAACAACACUUUUGGUACGACAGCAUUUCUGUGCCCUAAAGUAUUUCAUGAUUUAGAAAUGUGCCAUAUAUGCACUACAAUAUAACUGUAUGCAUUUUACUUCUCUGGGGAUAUCUUUACACUGCAGUGUACAUGCAUGUAUAAGCAUCUGAUAUCUUUUUUUUUUUUGAAAUUUAUUAAUAUUUAUGAAGUCUCAGACAUUCUCUGAAAGACUCAGAAAUUCACUAAAACUCUGAUUAUGUCCUAAAUGUUUAAUUUAGCUUUGCUUUAUAAAGAUAAAAAAAAAAAAUCUAAGGUUAAACAGAAUAGAUUUCUUUGGAGGCAAAUUUUUCAAAAUUCAAAAUUAAAAUUAGUGGAUGCAUCAGAUGCAACACUUCACUAAAGAAUAAACUUCAAAUGUUUUUAAUAUACACAAUCUCUAUUGAAGAUAUUCUUAUGUAUGACAAUGGGCAUCUACAAGAUGUUGAAAUAUGAUUAUGAUGGACUAUGAAAAUUUUUCUCCUUAGAAUUAUGUGCCUUCUGGUACCUGAUAUAGUAAGUUAAACGCAAUGGCUUUUCCUUCCUUUCCUUACUCCUGUUCUUUUCUACUCAUUUUUCCUAAGAGAGUGCCCUAAAACUUCAAGCUCAAUAAGCCUAAUUGGGAAAAAUAACUGACUGUAAUGGUAUAAUGAAGUUCUUCAUUUCCAUACAUCUCUUAAUGAUUUUAAAACUUAUUUGAAUCUAUGCACCUGAACAAACACUCAUUAAAAACUAAGAAUUUUAAAUUUUUACAACUGUUCGACUUCUUUCAAUUUUAAAGGAUUUGAGAUCUAUAUAUUUUAAUAAAAGUAUCAAGUGAAAUACAACCACUUGGGAGUUCAAUCAUGUGCAUAUUAUAUUGUUUUAUUUACUCUUAACAUUUAAUUUACAACUAUCCUUAUUUAUAUCGACCUUAAGAACUCCACUUCAUGCAAUGCAAACUGAGAUAUAUUUUGAAAGAAAUAUAAAACUAGCAUUCUUUCAGAUCAUUUCCCUUUUCUCUUAUAAUUCCUCAAUGGUAAAUUUAUUAUGGGUAACUAAUUAUACGUGUUCAUAUUUCAUUAAUUCUAAGACAUCCACUUUUUAAUUUAACAUCUCUAAAUGUAUCUUGCAGUUGUUGACCUCUUAGAUGCAGUGUUUGAAGUUUUGCUUAAAUAAACAUUAUACUAAUUUAUCUUUAACCAAAUGUUCAUGGGUAUAAGGACAUUCAUUUUUGUAUAAAUAUUUAAUAACACAUUUAUGAUAACAUGUGAAGUCAGUUUUCAGUACAUCUGGAUCACAUACAACUCAACAUGGAGCCUAACCAUCUGAUUAUGAGUUCAGAUCCUGUAGACCUUUAGGUUAUAAAAGCUCUUUCAGCCUCCUACUUAUGCUUUAUGCUAGUGGCUACAAUUUCAGCGAACCCUAACCUAACUGACAAGAAUGAGUGAGUUUCUCCAAGGUUUGUUAACAAAUUUUUAUUCUUUCUAUUACUUCCUAAAUAAUACUUGCAUAUGAUCAUCUCACUUUUAGACAGAAUUAACUGGAAAAAUAUUACAUAAAACCAUCAUAUUUAGAUUUAGAUUUUGCAUAUUUAGGUUUUGCAGCAUCUUGUAUGUCAUAUGUCAAUGACAGGAGAAAAAUAUGAUAUAACCAAUCAGUGUUGUAGGAAAACUUUCCCUUCAAGUUCUCCUACAUUUUUAUUCUUUAUCAUUUCUGUUCUUUUGUUUGACUUUUUUCUUUGGCUCUGAUAAAUUCACCUUAAGCCCAUGUAAUGACUGUCAUAAAACUGCAUAUUUAAAUUAUUUGACUUAUAUGAAACAAUUGUUCAGCUAUCUGGGCAGCUGUUAAUGAAAUAUCUGAGAGUAAUAACACUACUCUUUUAUCUACCUGGAUUACUUUCCCACAAAAAUUUACCUUUGUAAGCUAACUCUAUUAAUCAGGUUUCUAACCUCCAUAACCUAUUUCAGUUAAAAUCAUCUAGUCCAACAAUAAAAAAGACCCAAAACACUGCAGUCAUCAAGGGUGGAAAAUGUAUGACUUGUGUAAAAAAUCUUUACUAACUUUACACUGUACAACAGAUAAAUGUGAUUUUGAUAACAAUUCCACACAAUAAGUAUGGCACAUAGAUUUUAUUAAUAUUGAAUAUAAAAUAUUUUAAUUCUAAAUUAAAAUAAAAUAUAAAUUUGCACAUAUUAAUAUAGAAAUUCAUUUGGUGUAUAUUUAACAUAACUUUAAAACCACUUUACAUUUACCAGCUACUUCAUUAAAGUUUUUUAAAUGUCUGCAAAAAAAUUAGAAAUGUUUUUAAAUUUCAGUAAUAUAACCUAUGUGUUUCAUUUAAGUCCUGCCUUUGUAAAAAAAAAUUUUUUAAUAUACAGUGUAUUUUUAAAUUAAAAUAUUUGAAUAUAAAAUAGUUCUAAGAAAGAAACUAUUUCUCAUUAAGCAAGUUUCUUAUUAUUUCUGGCUUUGAAUUAUACAUAAAUUUAAAUUGCCUUAAAUGACAUAGAAGAUUGGGGAAUACGACAAUUUCACAUUGUAUACUAUGAGCCUGUUCAUAUAAUUCUGAUUGACUACUAACUUUGGUUUAUGUAUUUAUUAAAGAGCUGACACUGUAGUUUGUUGUGAGAUGUUUAUUUUUAUAACAGAGCUUAUAACAGUUAUGACAAGGCAUUUAAUUAAUUCAUCAUUCUGUUUAAAAGUAGGUGUUAACCAAUAUGAAAUUCUAUGUUUUAAAAUAAAAAUGUAAAGAUCUAAGUA